AUGCCGUUUGUCCAAGCCAACCCCCAUCGCCUUCACUAUUCCGACUCGCACCCCGCUGGUCCACCAGAUGCAGCAGGCUUGACCUUCAUCUUCAUCCAUGGCCUAGGAUCAUCUCAAAAUUAUUAUUUCCCUGUCAUUCCGCAUUUGACAAAGAAGCACCGUUGCAUCACAAUUGAUACGUACGGCUCAGCUCGUUCAACAUACACCGGUGAUUCUAUUUCGAUCCCUGGUAUCGCUGCAGAUGUUAUUGGUGUUCUGGAUACACUCAAUGUCCCCAAGGCCGUUGUAAUCGGUCACUCAAUGGGUGGCUUAACGGUCACUGAGAUUGGAUCACGAUACCCGGAUCGGGUGUUGGGACUUGUGGCUAUUGGGCCGACACAUCCGACCGAAAUGUUAGAAUCGGUUAUGGGUAAGAGAGCAGAUACUGUCCUGGAAGCUGGCAUGGAGCCUAUGGCCAAUUCUAUCCCCUCCGCAGCCGUCGGAUCCCGCAGCACCCCACUUCACAGCGCCUUCAUCCGAGAGCUGCUUCUUGGACAAGACCCUAAGGGCUAUGCGGCACUUUGUCGUGCCCUUUCCACGGCUAAGCCGGCAGAUUAUGCUGGCGUGCAGGCGCCAUUCUUGCUUAUCGCUGGUGAGGAAGAUAAGUCUGCGUCUAUGGAAGGAUGUCAGCAUAUCUUCCAACAUGUCUCGAGUAAGAGCAAGGAGUUGAAGGUUUUGAAGGGCGUAGGACAUUGGCAUUGUAUUGAAGCGCCUGAUGAGGUUGGCACACUUAUUGCAGAAUUUGCAAAUGGAAUUGCAGUCUAA